AUGAUUUUUACAUUUGUUGUGACCGGGUGGGAAGGGGAAGUGCAUGACUCUAGAAUAUUAUCAGAAGCAGUAGCCGAUCCACAAGCAUCAUUCCCGUUUCCACCACCAGACAAAUAUUAUCUUUGUGAUGCCGCGUAUGCACACACUCGAGGAUUUAUGGCCCCUUAUCGUAAUGUGAGGUAUUGGCUUGGAGAUUUUCGUCAAAGAUGUGCAUUGACCAAUAAAGAAAAAUUUAACCAUGGACAUGCAAAACUUCGGAAUGUCAUUGAGCGUGCUUUUGGUGUUUUGAAAGCACGCUUCCCUAUAUUGAAGAGGAUGGCACCAUUCCCGUUUGUGACACAAAGAAACAUUGCCAUGGCAUGCUUCGCGCUUCAUAAUUAUAUAAGGAAAGAAGGAUUGAGUGAUGAGUAUUUCGCACGAUACGAUGAACCCAAUGUCCCGUUUCGAAAUAACAAUGUGGCCAUUGAUGAUGAUGAAGACGGGAUUCCAACACAUGGUACUGCAGCAGACCGUGAAUAUAUGACUCAGUUACGUGAUGAAAUUGCUGAUCAGUUGAUGCACAAUAUAAAUUGA